AUGCACAGGCCAGUCAAGUCUGGUGGAGCGGCUAUUGCCAACAUACGGUACUCCAAGCAUGCCAGCUACCAAAUAGUCCGCUACUCGCAGUCCGGUCAGGUCGGCAACAACGCGGAUAGAGAAGACGCCCUGUCUCACAACGAAAAAUUCACCGAUCCUGAAGAGAAUAUCGAAGAUCACAACAUUCAUGUCCGUGCAUGGCUGGAUGGAACCAUUGUCAUCGACGUCAGUGGAGGGCAGACGAACAUUCAAAUCACAACCUCGGCGUCAGAUUGGUCUGGCGGCGAAAGACAACACAAUCUUUUUUUGAUAAGGCGUACAACCAGGCUCAAAUCAACUUCCUUGAAACAUGAGGAGGGAAUCAAGACCUCCAGUGUGUCUUCCGAGGACGGACACAAUGGCAUGCAUGUCGCUGUUGGCGGCUUCUUCCAGGGAAGCGAGUACAAAGCCGAUCCCAUCCACGGCACAAACGGAUACAUAGGCGUAAACGAGACUGCUAGCUAUGAUCCCAUCUUCUAA